CUUCCACGCACAAAGUCACCAGGCGAGCACCUCUGUGACGGCCCUCAGCGUCUGCUGGAGCAGUGGGGCGAAAAACAACGACGACGCUAACGCUGGAGCUGUAAAAUUAACAACGGGAGGCUCCCGUUUAAAGCGCCGCAGCGAGCCGACCAGCCAGCGCAGUGUCAUCGCUUGUCUCUCGGAAACGACUCUUGUUUCGGAGAAGCGCAAACCGAUACACCGCAAACCACUGCCGCCGCACAUCCUUCCAACAAAACCCCCUCCAGAAGUCCAAACAUAAAAAGAAAAAUGGUGCAAAACAAGAUCACCGAAGUCACCGGAUUCCACCGCUCCUUCAAGGGACAAAAUCCCUUUGAAUCGGAGGACUUCACUAAAAAUGGAUCCCAUCUUAUUGAGUCAUUUAAUUUUGGUUCCUCCCCAAGACAUGACAUGCCUUCCAGCCAGCCUAUUGACAUUCCUGAUGCCAAGAAGAGAAACAAGAAGAAAAAGCGUUGCAGAGCAACAGACAGUUUCUCUGGAAGAUUUGAAGACGUCUACAGACUGCAAGAAGAAGUGCUAGGAGAGGGUGCCUACGCCAAAGUACAAGCGUGCAUCAGCCUCAUCACCAACAAGGAGUAUGCUGUCAAAAUCAUUGAAAAAGGACCAGGUCACAGCCGCAGCAGAGUCUUCCGUGAGGUUGAGAUGCUCUACCAGUGCCAGGGCCACAGGAACAUCCUGGAGUUGGUUGAGUUUUUUGAAGAGGAAGACAAAUUCUACCUGGUGUUUGAAAAACUCAGAGGAGGGUCAGUUUUGGCACAAAUUCACAAGCGACAGCACUUCAGUGAACAGGAAGCCAGCGUCAUUGUGUACGACAUUGCCAGUGCUCUAGAUUUCCUCCACAACAAAGGAAUGGCUCAUAGAGACCUGAAACCUGAAAACAUUCUCUGUGAGAGGGCAGACAAGAUUUCCCCAGUCAAGAUCUGUGACUUUGACUUGGGCAGUGGAAUCAAGCUGAACAGUGACAGCUCACCCAUCUCUACUCCUGAACUACUCACUCCUUGUGGCUCAGCAGAGUACAUGGCUCCUGAAGUAGUUGAGGCCUUCAGCGAAGAGGCUACAAUAUACGACAAACGCUGUGACCUGUGGAGCCUUGGAGUAAUCCUCUACAUCAUGCUAAGUGGUUAUCCACCCUUCGUAGGUCGCUGUGGUGGCGAUUGUGGAUGGGAGCUGGGUGAACCAUGUCACAUCUGUCAGAACACUUUGUUUGAAAGUAUUCAGGAAGGAAAGUACGAGUUUCCUGAGAAGGACUGGGCUCACAUCUCCCCAAGUGCCAAAGACCUGAUUUCCAAACUUCUGGUUCGGGAUGCCAAAAAACGCCUGAGUGCCAGCCAGGUGUUGCAGCACCCCUGGGUGCAAGGGGGUGUAUUCGACACUUUAUCAACGUCCAUCUUGCAUCAAAGAACCAGCAGUGCCAGGGAUUUGACUUUCUUCGCUGACAAGGCCAUGGCUGUGAACCGGCAGUUGGCUGAACAAGACGGCAUGGAAGAGCAACAGCAACAGCAAGUCCCAUUUGUUGUCCCUGCCUCAGGCUCCUCCCUACGCCUCUCUCCUCCAUCCGACUCCAAGCUGGCCAGGCGCAGGCAGCGAAGCAGCCAGCCAAAGGGCGGUCCCGUCUCUGCCACAGAGCUGUGUCAGCUUUUGGCCCCUCUUGUUAUUGUGGGGGACUGUGCUUGAACUUUGUCUGCCUGGAAUUCUAGACCUCAAUUUAAGCUCUACCUCCAGAUCCAUGAGCGCUCCGAGGUCCUCCCUCCUCUGUUCUGGCUCCUCUCUUUGUCUGGCGGGCCUCGAUUCCUUUGCAAUUCAGGCAUUGAUGCGUCGUCAUACAGAGGGAGGCUGCCCCUGCAGCCAUUUCUCUGCCUUCUGUCCUUAUGCAGCGUUUCAGAAGCACAUCAGCACAGGGUCUGCAUACAAUGUGCACACACGGGUUAUUUGGGGGGAGGGGGUCAGUUAAGAUUUGGGAUAAAAUAAUUUCUUUUUAUUCAUGCAACUCUGUUCAGAAGUCAGAAUAUUUAUCUUGGAAAUUAAGCUCAGACACCAAAGGACAACCUGUUGUGCUGCUCCCACGUUACAACUGGAACCACUGUGAAUUAAGUUAUGUCGAAUGUUUUCUUUGCCUGUAUGUAUUUGCGUGAUUGGGCCGUCUGCAGAUGCGUACAAGUUUAUGCAAUAUGGCAAGAUGAAGGCUGUUCUGUCGAAAGGAUUACAUUUUGGGGAGGGGAGGGUUAGAAGGGCUGUAAACCAAUGCUGUCUGUGCCUGGUGCAGCCACUCACGGCUGCUCUAAAGACUUUUUCUGCGUUCAACAUGAACCCCCCCGUUUUUUUCCUACAGUUAAAUUUGUGCAUCUGAUAUUUAACCUUAACGUGUUUUGGAAGUAAAGGUUAAAACUCCUUCAUGGAGUUUGAAAAGCACAUUUUGGCCACGAUGACCGGCGUAUCAUUUUGUUGUUUGAUUUCAUGUAAACUUAUUUGGAAACACCCCCCACACACACAAAUGUGCUUUCUUAUGUCUUUUUAUGAAGACAACCCUUCAGAUCAAGUUUUAUUACAAAUAAUUUGAUAUUUUCCCACAAAAGUUAAAACAUUCCACAGUACAACAA